GCAAGCGAAAAGGGUCGUUUGAUUCCAAUGAAAUGCGACCUUUCCAAAACGGAAGAGAUAGAGUACAUGUUUCAAGAAAUCAAGGAACAGAUUGGCGGUGUCGACGUAUGCGUUAACAACGCUGGGAUCUCAUUUUUUCAAGAUUGCAAGACGGGAACGUUGCCAGAUACGAAAGCCAUGUAUGACUUGAAUGUUUUCGCUGCCAUAGCUGUUUCCCAGCUGACCAUUCAGUCCAUUCAAGAAAGGAACAUGGAUAACGGGCACAUUAUUAACAUCAGCAGCAUAUGUGGAACCACGAUUCACGAGGACGUGCCGUGUCACAUGUAUUCCCCAACAAAGUACGCCUUGGGUGCCUUCACGGAGGGUCUGCGACACGAGCUGAGAAAGGAGAAAACGAAAAUACGGACGACGAUUAUAAACCCUGGAUUUGUGGACACGCCCCUUGCAAGAAUGAAAGGCAUUGCUGAAGCAUUCGACCCAGGAAAUUGUCUUCAACCGGACGACGUAGCUUCCGCAGUCACCUAUGUGCUUGGGGCUCCACCAAACGUCAAUGUCCGACAUAUUUGCCUCCACGCCAUUCACGGCAUAUUGUAAGUCGAAGACGGCUGCCAAAUGCAAGUCUAAAAGAACUUUAAAGGG